UAUCGGGAUAAUCACUUAUUUAAUUAACUUAUAUAAGUUUUAAUAUGUUCACUAAAAUAAGAUGUGUCGUAUCUGUGAUAGAAUAAAACAUUCACAAAAUGUGGUGGGAGAGUACGGCAUGGCCCAUUUCAGUGACAAGGGCAAGAGCAAAGGAAAGGAUUACUGCAUAUUCUUCAAUUCACAGUGGGCACGGCUACCUCAGGACCUCAAUAAGGCAUCACGCCUUCAGAUCUAUGACUUGACAACAUCAGUCCUGUGUUCGCCCUCUGAUGUCCCGGAGGGAGGCUUCCCAAAUCGCAUCCCCAUGGUGAUGAGAGGCAACUGCACUUUCUAUGAAAAGGUCCGACUGGCCCAGAUUAACGGUGCCAAGGGCCUGCUCAUCGUCAGCAAGGACAGACUGACACCACCAGCAGGAAACAAGACCCAGUAUGAGGAGAUUGAUAUUCCUGUGGCACUGCUCAGCUACUCUGAUAUGCUGGACAUAAGCAAGACUUUUGGUAAAGGAAGACAGGUUGCCAUGUACGCACCCAACGAACCGGUGCUGGACUACAACAUGGUGAUCAUCUUUUUGAUGGCAGUUGGAACAGUUGCCAUUGGAGGUUACUGGGCUGGCAGCAGAGACAGCAAGAAACGCUACAUGAAGCACAAGCGAGAUGACGGUGCAGAGAAGCAGGACGAGGAAACGGUGGACGUCACCCCCAUCAUGAUCUGUGUGUUCGUGGUGAUGUGCUGCAGCAUGUUGGUGCUACUCUACUAUUUCUAUGACAGCCUGGCUAUUUGGGUGAUAGCCAUCUUCUGUGUGGCUUCCUCUGUCGGCCUUCACAGCUGCCUAUGGCCUUUUGUCAGGAGACUCCCUUUCUGCAAGUGCAGGGUCCCAGAAAACAACUUGCCAUACUUGCACAAGCGGCCGCAGAUCCGCAUGUUGCUGCUGUCGGCCUUCUGCAUCGGCGUCAGCAUCACCUGGAUGGUGUUUCGCAACGAAGACCAGUGGGCGUGGGUGUUACAGGACACCCUGGGGAUCGCCUUCUGUCUCUACAUGCUCAAAACAGUCAGACUCCCCACAUUUAAGGCUUGCACCUUAUUACUGUCAGUCCUUUUUGUCUACGAUGUUUUCUUCGUAUUUAUUACACCCUUCUUUACAACGAGUGGGGAAAGUAUAAUGGUGGAGGUCGCGGCUGGUCCCUCUGACUCGUCCACACAUGAAAAGCUCCCCAUGGUGCUCAAAGUGCCGAGGUUAAACUCUUCUCCCCUGGCUCUCUGUGACCGGCCCUUCUCCCUCCUGGGCUUCGGUGACGUCUUAGUACCAGGUCUGCUGGUUGCAUACUGUCACAGGUUUGACAUUUUAACACAAUCCUCCAGGAUCUACUUUGUGGCCUGUACGAUUGCUUAUGGCAUCGGCCUGCUGAUCACCUUCGUGGCGCUGGCCUUGAUGCAGAUGGGUCAGCCGGCCUUGCUCUACCUGGUGCCUUGCACUCUGCUCACCAGCCUCACUGUAGCGCUGUGGCGCAAUGAGCUGCCCCAGUUCUGGACUGGAAGUGGAUUUGUGCCUCCCAUAGUGCUCGCACCGAUCAACUGUACACAAACUGCAGCGCCGCAGAAAGAGGAUCACUUGAAUAAACUGGAGCCACAAACCACAGAAGAAGACGCGCCUCAGGAAACGCCACCAGCUGAGAAAGACGAAGAGGAAAACAAAUCAAACUGACAGGACGUUUAGUACGGCAUUUUACAUUUCAACUCAUGUUUUAUUUGUUGUUUAGGUUUUUUUUUCUCUACAUUGUGUCUCAGUCAAUGGACAUUUUAGGUACGGACGUUUAUUUGCACUUGGUGCGAAAGGAAGAGAAGAGGAUCUUUGCUUUCUGAAUGGCUGGCUCAGCUGGGCGCCAGGAUUGGACUCACGAGGUUCAGGCAUUAAAACCGACAAACGCACCAAGUAUAAAACCUGCACAGCAGUCCCACACCUUCUACAAUCAGCACGACUGCUGAAGGAAACGUAAAGCCAAAUCUGGAAUCUGCACAAGCUGUUGAACACUAAAUACACCUACGACACUGAGCGGACGCUCUUAAGAACUUUAAAGGCCCAGUCACACCAGCGUUUAAGAACAAAACCCAGGUCCAGAGAGGAUCUAACGCAACAGACUCUCAGGCUCUUCACCCUCUCGUGUGUGAAGCAGUGUACAGUCUUUUCUGGUAGCGUUAACAGUAAAUGUUACUAUGGCCAAACAAACGAAGAAAAGAGCGAUUAACACAGAAGAUGAAACUUAAAAACAAGUGAAAGUGAGAUUGAGUGUAUCAUACUGGGUGCCUAAAAAGAAUGAAACAGAGAUCUUAAAGAUUGUAACUUUAACUACCAAAUAUAGAUAAAAUAGAAACAAGCUUAGUGAUCAAUUGCAACAAACUAACACUAGCAUGUCCGUGACUGGUUUAUGUGUGAGCAGUCAGCCCCAAAAGUCGUCACCAAGCCGAUUUCACGGUGCCACUUUUUGGUGUGACAGGGCCUUUAAAAGUUCUUAAUACACGUAAAAAGCAUUUUCUCUAAAGGCGCACAAAUACACACUACAUACUAUGAAGCCAUUACAGAUGUCUUUAUCCCUCCAUUACAUUAUAAACACACCCCAAUAUAAAGUACAACCCCAGUUCCAAAAAAGUUGGGAUGUUGUGUAAAACAAACAAAAAAUAAUGCAUUUAAUUCAGAGUGUAUAUUUACAAAACAAAAGUGUAUCAGUGUGGACAUUAACCUCUUAAAAUGAGAUCCAAAAACAAGUUUAAGCAAGCGCUUAUAACACAAGAACUGUCAGGCCAAAACACAUGUAUGAGGCUUCAUUUAAAAAGGUAUUAUUCUCUAGUAUUCAACAUUUUCAAUUAGCGAAUGGUCACACUCUGUUUUAUUUACAUGUUAGACAUUGUCCCAACCUUUUUGGAAUCAGAGUUUCUUUGAAAUGUGGUGUAAUGGUUGUUGACUGAGCCAAAGUUAUAAGAUAUUUGUUUUUAUACCUGACACUUUUCUUUUUUUAAAGUUUUCUCCUGUUACUUUUGGUAUAUUUUGUUUUGCAUGCUAUGAUUUUGACUUUACCCUUUUAUAUAAAACCAGUGUAUAAUCUAUAGUGCAUACUUUGUAUACAUUAUUGGCGGUGGGACAGUUUAAAUGUUGGCCACCACAGUUUUGACCCCCAGUAGUUAUUCAUGUUGUCUUAAGAGGUUGGUUUUGGCCUUAUUGUGUUCACACUGGGAGGUAAAGUAGAAUGUGUGAAGUGUAAAAGUUGCUUAAAACUCUAAAUGAUGCUGUGCUGCAGUUUAAUGUACGAGUUGAGCAAGUGACUGGUUGUGUUAACAGCGUUACUACAUUAGUUUGUACGAAACAUUUGCACAAUAUUUUUAAAUUCAUGGGCUGACAGAUGUUGGUUCAUGGCUGUAUAUGUUUAUGUAUACUCAAAUGGGUUUAAAGAAAUGGAAACCAAGGUAUCAAUAUAUACGAUAUUCGUCCUGCUUUUGUUUUAAAAGUCGGUUUACAUCUGAAAACACCAGGCAGUCAUUUCUGCGACAGUAUAAGUAUAUUUCUCAUUCUCGUUAAUUGAUGAUUCCUAUUAACCGAGUUCAACAUUCCUGUGUACAAGUUGAAGUCAAAGGUAAAAAUUAUUUGGUCAGAGGUGAAAUGAGAGCAGCUUAGUCGUCUGGAUGUGUGUCAUGCUGAUUUAACAGCAGUGUUCUCCAGGACGAGGUUAUUCAUUCACCAGUAUACUUUGUUGUCACCAAGUGGUUUUCAAAGCCUCUGUUGAGGAAUACAUAUAAUAAAGAAACAUUGUAUUUGA